AUGGGGGACUUGGGCUGCGAGACGUUGGAGAUCCAACGGACGAGUGAGAUGACGGCGCGUAUUUUCCGGUGCGACAGCGAAAGCCUCCAACUCCAACAGACAUUUCGCCUCGUUCAGUGGAAAGGGGAGGAGCAGACGCUAUGGUUGGAGGAGGAGCAUCCACUAUGGUACGACCAGCAGCAAUUAUGGCCCGAACAGACACCUGCUAUCCUCAACAACAUUACUUCUGAAUGCUCCAUCGACGCUCACGACGAAUGGGGCCCAAGCAUCGCCGAGCCUUGCCAGAAGGGUGGGUUUGGCAUGACCCUUCUCUUCGAGGAGGGUCUCCUAACUAUCGUUCCGCUUGCUAUUGCCCUCGUCUUCACAGGCUUCCGAAUCUGGUCCCUUCGCCGCGAAUCUACAAAGGCUCGCAGAGGCUGGUUAUUUUACACCAAGCUCGCAUUAUAUCUCCUCUAUGCGUUCGUCCAGAAGAGUCUCUUUGACUAUUGGGCAAAUACCGAUGCACCAACCACGCGACUCACCAUUCCAACCACAACACUCAUUAUUAUAUCAUCGUUCAUAUUUCCUAUUCUCUCUGGCAUAACUCAUAUCCGUUCUCUUCAACCAUCGACUAUCCUGACAUUCUACCUUUCCGCCUCGUUGUUAUUCGAUCUCAUGCGGCUCCGGACGUUAUCCGACAUCCCCGGGAACAACUCGAUCACGAGCAUCUAUACGGUAGCCCUGGCCAUCAAGCUCGUUUUGCUGGUAGCAGAGCUUAUCGAGAAGCGCCAUCUGUUCCUGGAAAUGUGGGUGGCUGUAGGUCCAGAGGAGGCCAGCGGCGCAAUCAGCAGGAUACUCUACCUCUGGGUUAAUCGCGUCUUCGCUAAGGGCUGGCGCUCGGUUUUGACUGUGUAUAACCUACCAGCUCUCGACUCGGAGAUCCUCAACGCUACGAAACCGACCGAUCUCGCCGACAAGUGGAACCGAACGAAUAAAAUGUGGAAAGAUGCCCUGAUUUGGACGUUUAUCAAGCACUACAAGUGGUCACUGCUGGCUGGAGUUAUACCACGACUAGCGUCCUCCUUCUUCUGCUUCUGCGAGCCCUUUCUUGUGGAGAAGAUCCUGGGAUUCACCUCCUUUACUCCCGAAGAGGACAGACAGAAUGUUUCCCAAGCCUUGAUUGUUGCCUAUGCCGUUAUGCAAAUCGGAAAGGCCCUGUCUUGGACACUAUACGAGCACCGGGUGUAUCGUUCCAUUACUGUUUUCAGGGGCAGUCUAAUUACCCUCAUUUUCGGCAAGACACUGUCUCUUGGAACUACAAACGCCGCAGGGGCCGACGCUAUCACAUUGAUGAGUGCAGAUAUCGGGCGAAUCGAGGACAGCAUGCGUCACAUGCAUGAAUUCUAUGCUAGCUUUAUUGACACUGCUGUUUCUCUAUGGUUGCUAUUUCGGCUCCUUGGCUUCUCCAUGUUGGGCCCUGCUGCGUGGGUUAUUGUGUGCCUUUUCCUCGGUGCACCCAUCGCUACAGCUGCUGGAAACGCACAAGUUCCCUGGCUCGAGUCUAUCGAGGAGCGUCUAGCCGUCACUACGAAGAUGCUCGGGAUCAUGAAGCCUGUCAAAAUGACGGGGAUGACUGAGAAGAUGUCCGCCAUCAUCGCUAACCUGAGGCAACUGGAGAUCCGUCGUUCUCGCCUAUUCCGAAUGCUUAUUGUCCUCGAAAUCGGCGCCGCGCAUCUGUCCGCCAUCUUCGCGCCCGUCAUUGGUUUCGGGUUGUUCACUCUCUUAUCGCUGUGGAAUGGUAGCACGCCUCUCACCGCACCAGUUGCGUUUGCUACGCUCGGGGUGUUUCGGCUUCAAGAGGGGCCCCUGUCAUCGAUCAUUACCAGCGUUGAAUAUUUUCAGACUAUCCGCAACUCGUUCCGCCGGAUCCAGGAACACCUCGUCCAACCAGAGCGAGUGGAUCCCAGAACAACACUUGCUGCGAAGCCAUCCCCAUACUUUAUCCCUGCCUAUUACAUGGAUACCGAUAGACUUAUAGAGACCGAGAUCGAGCCCAAGUACGAUGAGACCGAACUAGAAGCGGCGCAGCAAAGCCUCUACAACACCAAGGCUGCCAUGACCAUCCAGAGCGCUUCCGCCGGCUACUCGACCCAGUCCAAUAUUGUGAGGAACUUGUCCUUCCUAGUGGGCCGCAGCAAAACGACGAUGAUUAUUGGCCCUGUCGGCUCCGGUAAAUCUACCUUGAUAAGGCUUCUCCUUGGCGAGAUGCCUCAUGUCACCGGGAUAGUGGCGACUGCCUUCACCAACUCUGCCUUCUGUCCCCAAUCACCCUGGAUAACAUGGGGUACUAUUCAGCAGAAUAUUCAGGGAAAAUCAGAUUGGGACCCUGUAUGGUAUCAGAGGGUUACUCGAGCUUGUUCUUUGAGCAGAGACUUUGAGGAACUUCCUGACGGAGACCAGACAAAUACAGGCACGCGUGGCUCUCGUCUUAGUGGUGGCCAGCAAAUGCGAAUUUCCCUUGCCAGAGCUCUCUACUCCAAGGAGCCCCUUAUGAUCCUCGACGAUGUUUUGACGGGUCUUGACCGCACUACGGAAGCCUUCAUCCUCAAUUCCGUGUUUGGCAGCGACGGUCUGGUUAAGCAACUCGGUGCCACCGUGGUCCUGGCUACAAACACCGUCGCUCACCUUCACUACGCGGACCACAUCAUCGUGCUGGGAGAUGACGGAAUGAUUUCCGAACAGGGCACGCUUCAAGAGGUCUCAUCGUCUGGUGGCUAUGCCCAGCGACUAGUCGAUCUCCCUGCCCCGGUCACCGCGCGAGCACCUGAGCUCGAGAUAUCCAAGGAAGUUCUUGAGGAAUUUGAACUACCUAGUGAAGAUGAUGAACUCGCCGAUGGGAGCCGUAGCGCUAGUGAUUUUCAGAUCUACAAGUACUACAUUCAGCUGGUCGGCCCGGGGACCUUCUUAUUCUACAUCUUCGGCAGCUCCAUCUUCAUUUUGAGUCUCAGCUUCCCAUCUCUAUGGGUUCAAUGGUGGACUAACUCUAACAAAGACCAUCCCAAUGAGAAUGUUGGCUAUUGGCUAGGUGGCUUCGUUCUGUUGGGUAUCCUGGCCCUGGCAAGCUGUGUGGCAGCUGACUGGGUGUUCCGAAUGAUUAUGUUGCCCAGGACAAGCCGGAGAGUCCACGAGUUGCUGCUAGGCACAACACUCCAUGCUAAUACCGCAUUUCUCACGUCUACAGAUAUCGGGCAGACGACGAAUAGGUUUAGUCAAGAUCUGCAGCUCAUUGAUUCCGACCUCCCCCGAGCCAUGGAUCUCACCGUCAUCAAUGCCCUGUCUGUGAUCGUGUCCAGCGUCCUAGUAUUUAUGGGCUCUGGAUACACAGCUGCUACAAUCCCUGCCUGCGUCAUUCUGUUGCUUACAAUUCAAUAUUUUUACCUCCGUACAUCACGUCAAAUACGUCUUCUCGACAUUGAAGCCAAAGCGCCGCUCUUUUCCCAGUUUCUGGAAACAUUGUCGGGUGUUUCUUGCAUCCGUGCCUACGGCUGGGCCGAGGAAUAUAUUAUCCAAGGCCAUCGAAUUCUCGACAACUCACAGAGGCCAUAUUAUAUUAUGGGUGUUAUCCAACGAUGGCUGACUCUCGUUUUACAACUUAUGGUCGGGGGUAUUGGUAUUCUUCUUGUCACGUUCGCCACUAGCCUUCCCGACGGCUCUGGCGCUUUGUUGGGUGUGGCCCUGUUCAAAGUGAUCGACUUCAGCACUACGCUUGAGGAUUUGAUUACACAGUGGACACUGCUCGAGACCUCGCUAGGUGCUAUGAGCCGUGUUCGCACGUUCAUAAAGGAGACCAAGUCGGAAGAUCUGCCUCACGAGAUAGGCCAUGUGCCAUUCGACUGGCCCCAUAAGGGCGGCGUUGUGUUCAACAGUGUCUCAGCCUCUUAUACCACAUCUGCUGAGCCUGUGCUCAAGAGGGUCCAAAUUGACAUUGAGCCGGGCCAGAAGAUUGCAAUCUGCGGUCGCACUGGAAGCGGGAAAUCAUCACUGAUAUCGACUCUCCUACGCAUGCUUGAGCUGGAAGAAGGAUCCAUCAUUAUCGAUGGCAUCGAUAUUAGCAAAAUCCCUAGGCAGCUGGUCCGGCGAAAUCUCAACACUCUUCCUCAGGAGACAUUCUUUAUUCAGGGCACGAUCCGUGAGAAUAUCGACCCCCUCGGACUCGCCUCGGAUAAGGAUAUCAUCGAUGGCUUGAAGGCUGCCAAGCUGUGGGAUAUAUUCGAGAAGGAUGGGGGUUUGGAUGGAGAGCUCUGCGAGGAACGGUUAUCGCAUGGCCAGCGUCAGCUGUUUUGUCUCGUUCGGUCUAUUGUUAGACCUGGUAAGAUUGUUAUUAUGGAUGAAGCAACUAGUAAUGCCGAUGCGGAUACUGAGGAGCUGAUCCAAGGCAUAAUUUCCAAAUCAUUCAGCAACAGAACAUUGAUAGUUAUCGCCCAUAAGCUCGACAGCGUGUUGGACUUUGAUCGUGUCGCGGUCUUGAACAGGGGCCAGCUUGUGGAAUGGGGGGAUCCACGAGAGCUCUUGACGGUGGCCUCAGCAUUCCGCUCACUGUAUGAAUCUAUGGGCAAGGUUAAUUCCUCCAAGGAGAAUUGUGGUUAG